GAUGAGAGCAACACAAACUUAUCGUCACUUCAAUCAUCAAAUAACUGAAAAUAUUGACUUGAAACAUCUGACUCUUGAUCUUAAACACUCUCAAUCGGCUAUCAACCGAAAAGUAUUUCGAAAUGCUGUCAAAAAAGUGAAACAUAGAGAGCGAAAGAUUGAUAGCAUGAUUCUAAAUACAAGUAUUAUGCGUUUGAAAAGCUUAGGAAAGAAUCGCGAUUUCCAAGAGAAAUCAAACAAAAAUGAGAGUUGGGUGUAUGAAGCAGCUGAGAAACCAGCAAACUCUUUUUUGACACAUGGAGAAGCGCUUGGUAAAUCUGUCGCUGAGUCUUAUCAUAAAAAUAACAAUUUAUCGAAUGAGAGACCUCUUUUAAAAACAUUUUGCAUGGCAGAAAAUGUUACUCAUGAGACUUCAGCUCCUAAUUCAACACAUAACAGAAAUGAUACGAUGACGGAAUCCAAAUUAAAAAUAUCCUUGAUUGAUGUUAAUAGAUCCAUAAAGGAACCAAAAAAGAGCCAAAAGAAACAUGAAAAAGUCGAUUUGCAAACACAAUACGAAAAUGAUGAAUUUUUAGCUCCUAAAGUUCCCUCAGUGAAACGUCAAAUGUCAAGUGGUAAAGUAAGAUAUAUGAAGCCAGAAAUUCCACCUAACCUCUAUGAAUCUCGAGUUUAUGGAUUACCAAUGUAUUUAUCAUCAAAAAGGUCCAAGAAAGUGAUUGAAGACGUAAGAUUACAACCGGAAGCUAUGAAAAAGAUGAAGUUGAAGAAGAAUGGUUUUGACAGUUGUUCAACAUCCAAUAAUAAAGGUUUUCCAAGAAAACGUCCUCAUAAAGUAAACAAUCCGUUUCAGAAAUUUAAAAACCUUCUAGAGAAUGAAUUGGAAAUAUCUUCCAUUUAUGGUGAUGAUGAGACCCUAGUUGACACUGAAGAGGAGCAUAGUCAACUGGAAACUAUGAAAAAUACUGAAAGUCAAGCGAUAGAAAGUUCAACCGGAAAGAGGGAAUCUGUCAUAGAUAGCAUUGGAAAAAGCUCCAUAGACGAAUGCUCCAUUCAAGACGAAAAAGAAAUGCCUCAAAGUGUCGAAAUCCCAUUGAGAAUUGUUGAAUCAACCGUUCCUGAUAAUGUUGAAAAUUCUGAUACCAGCUUAACAGAAAAUAAGGAAGAUAUUGAACUGGUCACUUUGGAGAAAUCUAAUCUCAAUGAUGCUGAAAUUACUCAACAGCCUAGUCCUGUUGUAGAGAGAAUAGCUAUUCAGCCGGUUGAAGUUACUGAAAACCAUGUGAAUAUGGUGCAACGCCAGGCAUCAGAAUCAUCAUGUUUGAAUGAAAACAAAGAACAGUCGCAGAGUUUCUCUGUUGUAAAGACGAACGUCCACGAUUCGCCAGAUCAUGAAGUACGAAAUGUAACAAGUGUCUGUCCCAUGAGAUCUCCGACAGUUGGAGAUAAUAGGUCAUAUAGAAGAAGUAGUAAUUUCAGACUUGUUACGACUUGUUGUAAGCGAAAAUGUUACCAAAGUGUAUCUCAUGAAGUGCAGAUACGUGAAUUUGAAAGUUUUCAAAGGAAAAAUAGUCUGAAACAAUUUGAUCAAAUUUCUGACUACUUGUCUGCUGCCCCAACAAAAACAAAACACCGUCGAUGGAAUUAUUUUGUAUUGUUGGAUAGUGUAGAAGGAGUUAGUGUGUGCAGAGCAUUUUUAAUUCAGAUGUUGCAGAUAUCCUCCUAUGCUUUGAGUAAAGUCCAACAGAAGUUGAAGAAAUCUACUAAUAAAUCAACUUCAAUAACUUCAAAAUUCGACAGAGUAAUUUUAACAAAGAAGUAUGCUCCAGUAAUAGUGUGUAAGAUGCUUCAAAAAUUCUACGAUGUUAAUGGCAUUAAUAUGACCAACAUCAUGAGAGUUUUUGGUGGUACUCAUAACUUGUAUAAAUCUUUUGUUGAGUACUAUGAAAGUGUCAUGAAUGACAAACCUAAGAUUGAUAUGAAAACUUUUUUUAAUAGGUAUCGUGAUUUUCUACCCAAUCGGGAGUGA